AUUUUGCUUGAUCAAGUAACAAACUAUAGCGUGAGAACCUGACUGGUACUUUACAUGAGUCAACGAGAUAUACUAGGGCAUUAAUUUAUAUGUGACGCUGCUGUACUGAAUGGAAAGGACAUACAAUGUAGGCGACUUUCUGGAAUAGAACAUAUAUAAGAGCUUGAUAGAUAUAGCUUCACGAGAUGGCUGGAUGAGUGGUGGAGUUAUGUUUGGGUUGAUGAAGAAGAAAAGUGAUCCGUAGAGCUGAUAGGGGUGCCAAGAUGGCGCAGAGUUAUUUUGAUCUCAUGGAGUUUUUGCUCUAUUGAGCUUUGGAAAGCUCUCUGGCUUUCAUAUAUGAACUGUGUUUGUACUCAGCAGUUGGAUCCUCCUUUCAGUGGAAUCCUGGGUUAUUUAGCUCUUAGACAUUAUCUGUAUUCUAUGGCCAAUUCAAAGGGCUCGUCAAUAUAUUUUGGAAAGCAUUCUCAGCUUCCCCCCAAAAUUCCAUCCCCUAGUGUUCCCCAAUCAUAUUCUGAUUAUGUCCCAAAUUCUAUCAUUGGUUCAAAUGUUGCUCAAAAACCUAGAGAGGGCCACAAUAACCUCCGAAGGACUUCAUCUGAGAGCCUUGUCAAUGUGAUAGAGGAGCAACCUUCAUGGCUUGAUGAUCUCCUUAAUGAGCCAGAGACACCUGUUCGUAGAGGUGGCCAUCGGCGUUCUUCAAGUGAUUCUUUCGCUUACACAGAUACAUUUAAUGCUUUUAACAUCAGUCGCACAGAUCAGGAUGAAUAUAAGUAUAAGAAUUCAACAUCCAUUCCAUCUUGGGCAUCACUAGACAUAGAUAAUGGAAAAGUUGCUUAUCAGAUACCCCCGUAUGCAGAAAUGAACUCUGUAAAACAGAAAAAUAGGGCCUGGGAAUCUUCUGUGAAUGCUGUUACACAUCCAAGUGGCCCACACGGGAGAGACAAUGUUGCUUUGCAGAGUCCAGGAUCAUCAUGUGCUUCACGUGAAGCAGAUGGAGUUGCAUCAGCGGUAAAUGAGAAGUAUGAGUCAGUAGACCCUGGUGUACAGGAUGCUAAAUCGUCUGCUAGGAGAAAGGAUGGUUCACAUGCAAAGCCAUCUGCUUCUGAAACAGAUACAAAACGUGCCAAACAGCAGUUUGCUCAACGUUCCCGGGUCCGGAAGCUUCAAUACAUAGCUGAGCUGGAAAGAAAUGUGCAAGCUUUACAGGUGGAAGGGAAUGAAGUAUCAGCUGAACUUGAUUUUCUUAACCAGCGGAAUCUUAUUCUGAGCAUGGAGAAUAAUGCCCUCAAGCAACGAUUAGAAAAUUUAACACAGGAGCAGCUUAUAAAAUACAUGGAAUAUGAAGUCCUGGAAAGAGAAGUUGGAAGAUUACGUUCCAUUUAUCAGCAGCAGCAGCAGGCACAACAUCUGCCCCCACAGCAAUCUUCUUCUGGCCUUCGACGCACGAAGAGCAGAGACCUUGAAUCCCAAUUUGCAAAUCUUUCUAUGAAACACAAGGAGUCAAGUUCAGAGCGUGACUCUGUGACUGGCCCCCUCCGUAGUUAGAUUCACAGUCGACCGGUGCUUUCUAUAGUUAGUUCUGCAGUCUAGCUGUAUCUUUGUUCUGCCUCUAGAUUCAACUGACAUAUCCAAACCUGCAACAUAAUUGCUCACCUCUCAUGCGGGACUGUGCAGAGGUCUCCUGCUUAUGUCCUCUCUCUGCCCGCUUUUCACGGCAACAUUUGCCUUACCUUAACCCUUCAUUCAUGUUAAAAGCGAAUCAUUUAAUUUGCACCUGGUGGUCAUUACUGAGAAGUGAAAACACACUAUUUGCAUCAGUUGACUUACCGGAGGUGGUAACUUUAACGGUUUCACCCCUCACUGUACGUUCUGGUGACCAUUUUGUAACCAUAUGCCCCAUCUGUUUCUGAAUAUCCAUAGCCAUGGAAAUCUGCCAAAUAUAAAACAGCAAAUAUCUGUAAGGCUGUUUGGAUGUGCAUUAUUUUUAUAGAUUAUGUUGAGCUGAUGCUUGUAUUGUAAAAUAAUUAUACUAAUGAAGCUAAUAUUCCAUUGCACUGUUCGAUGCUGGUGAUAAAUUUGACCUACUUGUUUUAACUA